GACAAGGGAUCGAGAUACACCUACAUCCUUUUGAUGCAUUCCAAAGCAUCCUCCGAUUGAUUCGUAAAGAAUGGAAUCUGUUGAUCCCUCACAAAAUCAGCUGUUGAAUAUCGCACGUGUUUUCUUUUAUUUUGUCGAGUCAGCAAUUCGCUUAUCGUGACAUCGAGUUUAAUUGAAUAAUGAAAGAGCGUGAUUCACCGUUUACUAACUAAGUGACCAAGAAAAACAGCGUCGCCUGAAAGAAAGGGAAAGGAGACCUUGCAGAACUUUUUGACAAAAGAUUGCUUCGGCGAUAUAUACGAGUUCGUUCUCAGAAUCUUCAAUAUAAUUAACAGAACGACAGUGAAGAUAGUAAGAUGCAGCGAUAAAAGUGCUUGAACGCCUGCAACUAUUAAUAGAUAAAAUACAUAUGUUAGGACAAAAACUACAUAAUAAUUUCGUUGGUGGUUUGUGUUGUAUAUUGAUGCUUUGUAAGGGUGCUGAAAUUUGUACCAUUGAGAUUUGUACAACAAAUUUUCAAUCCUUUAAAUGUAGAAGAAGAUAGUACAAAACGUUUUUUUAAUGGAUCGUCUUAAGAAAUUUUUCGUCAAAAGACAAACUGAACUACCUAUUGACAAUUUAGAGACUGAACUUGAAAGAAAAGAAAGAUGGAGGAGUAUCUACACAAUUUAUUUUACUAUGUUCUUAAUGUCACUUGGCUUCAGUAUUAUACUUACUGGAGUUUGGCCGUAUUUAGGCAAGUUGGAUCCUACUGCAGGAAAAGAAUUUAUGGGUUACGUAGUGGCAGCUAAUCCACUUGGACAAAUGUUGUUUUCACCUCUGGUAGGUUGGUGGGGCAAUAAAAGAGGAUCAGUAAGAUUGCCGCUUUUAGUAACUUUAGCAUUGUUUACUAUCUCAUCAGCAGCUUAUAGUAUUCUUGAAAUGAUACCUGGUGAUAAAAAGAAUUACAUGCUUGUUGCCAGAUUUUUCGUUGGCGUUAGUUCUGCUAAUAUUGCUGUAGCAAGAUCUUAUCUAUCUGCAGCCACAAAACUUUCAGAACGCACACAUGCAGUUUCUAUGGUAUCCCUAGCACAGGUCCUAGGUUUUGUGGUGGGUCCUGGAUUGCAGGCUGCUGUAACACCUCUUGGAGAUCAUGGUGUAACAUUUCUGAUGCUACCUUUAAACAUGUACACAGCAGCUGGUUGGAUUAACGUAAUAAUGGGAAUUUUUAAUUUUAUCUUUUUAUUACCAUGGAACUUUAAGGAGCAUAAAAUUGCAAUAAAAGAAGCUAUGCGUGAUGAAGGUAAAGCUACAGAAAAAGAAACGUGGAAAGCCAUAAAACCGGACUAUUUGGCUUCAUGGACUUUAAUUUGUGGAUUCUUUGUUUUGGUUUUUAAUUUUGUUCUUCUUGAGACUCUUGGUACUUCUCUUACCAUGGAUCAAUUUGCUUGGACUAAAAAGGAAGCGCUAUAUUAUAUGGGAAUCCUAAUGAGCGUUGGAGCUGUGAUAGCCUGUAUUACAUUUACUAUGAUUGGACCACUUUGUAAAAAAUUUGCAGAACGUAAAGUAAUGUUAUGGGGUGGAUUCUUUUUUAUGGUGAUUGGACGAGUACUAUGUAUCCCAUGGGGCCCAGAUCCUCCUAUAAUUGGAGAUUUUGGACCAUAUAAUAAUAUCACGACAGAUGCCAAUGGUACAGAAAUCGUAGGAUGCCCUAUUACUCAAGAAUGGUGCCUAUAUACUCCGCAAAUCACGAUUACUCAAUUUUUGAUUGGUUACGCCUUUACAUCUAUAGGUUAUCCUAUAGGAGUUACUUUGAUGCAAACUAUAUUUAGCAAAAUUCUCGGUCCGCGUCCACAAGGCGUGUGGAUGGGUUUAAUGACAGGUGCGGGUUGUGCGUCUCGCGUUUUAGGUCCGGUAUUUGUAGGCUUCAUUUAUACUCGCUUAGGAACAUAUCAUACUUUUGGUAUCACUGGCGUAAUGCUAAUCGUUUCUAUGUUGUGGUUACAACUUGUAAAUAAACGUUUGAUUGCACCAGAGCUAAAGAAAGGCAAUGAAGUGCCGAACAAACAAGAAAAAGAUGUCGAAAUUCCAUUAGUUCAUUUAAGAUCUGAUAAUACUCAAACAUCGCGUGAAACUGUAUAA